AUGUUGUCCCCGCCAUCCUCGCUAGCUAUUCAUCAACUUGAUAUCAUCAUUGAAGAAUUAAACAUCUAUGUUGCACUUCUCAUCUUCGCCACAGGUGUCAUCGGCGGACUCCUCAACAUUAUCAUCUUCUCAUCGCUCAAGACCUUUCGACAAACAUCCACAGGAUUCUAUCUCAUCGUCACUUCUAUCUUUAACGUUGGCCAAGCCUUGUCGGCCCUCAGCACACGAAUUCUCGAGACGGGCUUUACCGUCUCCAUCACCCAUCUCUCAUGGUCAUGUAAACUUCGCACAGUUCUCUCUCAGUCAUGUGUGCUCAUCUCCUUGACCAACAUGUCGUUGGCAACUAUCGAUCAGUUUCUGUCGAUGAGUAGUCGUCGACACUGGAGUAAUCUGAAACUCGCUCGUCGUCAUUCGAUGUUGAGUUGUUGUGUGUGGGCGUUUCAUGGGAUCUUUGCAGUGAUCUACUGGGAUGUGAUCAAUGGUGUGUGUACAACAGCGAACGGUUCGGUCUAUCGUCGAUAUUUGUCUUACUUUUACACUCCAGUAUUACUUGGAUGCUUACCGAUCGUUGUAAUGGUCACAUUUUCAGUGUUGGCAUUUGUUAAGAGUCGAAGACUAGCUCGCCGUCAAGUGAAUAUCGUUCGACUGAGUCAUGAACGACAGUUGACUGCGAUGGCAUUGUUUCAAGUGGCGUUCAUUGUGUUUGCAUCUACACCGUAUACAACUUACACGAUUUACGACUUGAAUACGGUCGUUACCAAUGCAGAAGUCGCUGCACAACGUCGUUUGAUCGGUACGAUUACUGUUUUGCUGUACUAUGAACAGUUUGCUAGUUCAUUCUAUAUAUUUUGCUGUGUAUCGAAGCGGUUUCGAAAGCAACUGAUAUUUGUUCUGUUCAAGAUUCAUAUGACUUGGCUACGACGAGUUUUUAACAGUACAAAAACUAAUCGGAUUGCACCAAAAUCGGAAUCGACUGGUGAUGGACAUUGUGGCCGACCAAACAUCAGUAUUCAUGAUGUUGCCGUUGGAGCAUCAUAA